AUGGCUUUUGCAGCAAGACUGAGCGCCUGGACCGAGGAGCUCAUUGAUGCUAUCGUGACUCAGCAACAACAACAUGGUCCUAAAAGACGAAAACCUCUGAGGGAUUCCAGUUUACAGAAACUCCGUCACCACAAUUUCCUACGCACCAACCAGUUUGAUGUUGAACAUCAGCUCAAUGGACUGGAGGAGCGUUUCCGGGUUCUGAAUCGAGAUGGGCUAGCCGACAAUUUGCGCGACAACUUGGAAAAAUUGUCUACCAUCUCUAACAAGUUCACUCCUGAUGUCCUGCAUUUCCUCUUGGCAUUAGCAGAUCGACCUUUCGAAAACUCCAAACUCAAAGAUCUGGAAGCUCUGCGACAGCCCGAAGAGGAUCCGGGACUGCAGCUCAGCUGGGCAGAGAUUGCUCGGGAAGAUGAUUGGGCUGCGGACCGCGAACUUUGGAGAAAGGUUGAUUUUAGAGACGACAGCUCUGAAGACGAACUCGUCGAAGACUCGGAUGCAUCGGAAAAAUCUGCAAGCAGAUCGCCUUCAAGCGUCGAGGCUCAAUAUAGACGCCGACCAACAGAUUUACUUCUCAGCCCGCAGGAGGUGGAUCUCAACCAAGUUCGCGAGUCUCAAUCGUGGAGGAUAGUGACGACCGAAGCAUUAUCCCAGCCUGAUAGAACUGAAAUCACAGAACUUCAUGCUCUGCGAGAAGUCCUAUUCAUGCUCAGGGGCUUGAGCAAUGAUUUAUUCAAUGCUGAUUGCCGACCCGCCGCCAGAUGCAAGUUACCCCACGCAUCAUGGAAAUCAUUCCAAGUUGUAUUGGGCACGUGGGGCGAGUUCGGAAGGAACCUUCAUGUUUUGCGAAGGUUCACCAGAAAGGAUCAGCAAUCGCCCCUCCUUCAGGUAUUUCGGUCUGCCAUAGAACAAAGGUUGCAAAUUCUUGAUAGUCAACUCGCAAAGACCGAGGCAGGCAUUGUGGCUAUCCGCAAGGAUACUGUCGUUAGUCUUCUCAAGGCGGCUGAAGACCUACGACCGUGCUUACAACCUCUUUGCGUACUAUCACAGAUCAUCGACAAGCUUGAAAAGGAAAACUACCCUCAUCCAUUCCGAUACCUGGAGCUGUUGUUUGAUCGAAUCGGCAUCGCCCAGCUAGAAGGCGAUAGCCAACUUUACCGGGCUCUGGGCACUAUCUUCUUUGAAUGUUUCAAGGUAUAUCUCAGACCUAUACGCCAAUGGAUGCAGGAUGGUGUGCUUUUGCCAAAUGAUUCAACUUUCUUCGUCGUCCAGGUACGAGCUCAACUACCAUUGAGCCAAAUUUGGAGCAGUCAAUUCAACCUGCGCAAGUCUUCAGACGGAGCCCUACACGCUCCUAGUUUCCUUCAGCCGGCCGUGGACAAAAUAUUUGCAACAGGGAGGAGCGUGGUGGUUUUGAAGAACCUGGGCAAAUACGAGAUUAACCACGAUACUGGCACCGAACCAUCUUUCGAUUUUGAUGAACUCGUCACGUCUGGCAAUGGGGACUAUGCUCCUUUCUCCGACGUGUUCAGCUCGGCUUUUGAGGCCUGGAUGCAAAGCAAAUACCAUUCAGCCGCUGCUCGGCUGCGACAGAUACUAUUUGAUUCUUGCAGGCUUCGAUCGGUUCUCUCGGAUUUGCACCAUAUCUAUCUCAUGAUGGACGGGUCUUGUGUAGAUGCAUUUGCAAAGCCCCUCUUCAACAAUCUUGACCUUCUCAACAUCAAAUGGCAUGAUCGUCUGCUACUCACUCAAACAUUCCACGAUGCCUUUAGGGCAGUCGUGGACGUUGACCGCGUUGUGGUUACGACAGCUGGAGAUGUCCCACAAGAUAUUAUCUCGGCACGUACAACUGUUCAAGAAUGCUUACCAGUCAUCGCACUGACUUAUAGUAUGAAUUGGCCACUCCGCAUCAUCAUCUCUGAGGAAAGCAUCGCACAUUAUCAGGCCUUGUUCACAUUGCAACUACAGAACCGACGGGCGAUAUCCACGCUGCAUAGAUUUCGACUCAAGAUGGACAGCUCCUCUAAUUUGAAUUACGAGCAAGGACUAUAUUACAGGAUGCGCUCCAGGAUUUUGUGGUUCUGCAACUGCCUGAAAACUUACCUUGCGAAUCUCAUUAUAGCUCCGCUCACUUCACAACUUCGUCAUGAUCUGGACCGGUCAGAAGACAUCGACGCCAUGGCAUCUAUUCAUACCAUCUUUACCAAACGUGUGCGGGAAGCUGCCUGCCUGAGUAGCAAACUCAACCCCAUUCGGGAAUCAAUGCUUGAAAUCAUGGACCUUGCGAUAUGCUUGGAAGACGCCCGACAAACGGAAGCUAAACGUCAAGGAAAGGAGUCUGAAGAAGCACUCGGUGCCUCGUCAACACCCAUGAGAUCAUCACAGAAUCCCAAGUACACUAAUGCUGCCGAGGACGAGGAUAGCUCUUUUCUCGACGAUCAAGAGAGAACCACAAACAGUUCCCCACAAAAGCCGUAUGUUGAGGUACUUGCGGAUAUCAACAAGGAAUAUGACAGACAUCUCCAAUUUGUUAGUGGGGGCUUACGAGGCGCGGCACGAGCAGCCAAAGAUGACGCUGCUAGUAAAUGGGACCUGCUGGCUGAGAUGCUCGAGGUCGGUCUGGAACACAAUCACAAUUCGUGGUAG